AUGUCAUCUCAAUCGAAAGGCCACUCAUCCGCCAGCCAAGCAAGAUUGGCCGCUCAAAUCAAGUCGAGCGAAGAAACACCGCAGGAACUAUCAGGAGAUACGCUAUGGGGUGACAAAUUUGGCCCUGAAAUCCAGCAUGAAAAGGAUGGCAACAUCAAUGCUCUUCAGCGGCAUCGAUAUAUCACCUUCCGCAACUACCACGCUUCAUCCCAACUCCGUGAUGUCUCUGGUAAUCUUCUGAACACAGAGGAAGAACUCCGUGAAGUGGUCCAAGAAGAGAUAGCCAUCAGAGAGGGAGACCACACCUCGAGCGAGAAUUCAAAAGACCGUCUUCUGUCUUUGAAUGCCAAAUACUGGACUUUGUCCCAAGAGUGGUGGCGCUGGCGGUCUGGACUAGCUCACGGUUUCCAAUCGCGGGGGUUUGAGUUAUGGCGGUCACACCCAAAAUGGUAUAUGCAUCGCGACUUGAUCGAGGAGUGCGCCGGUCGUCAAGGAUGCUGUGCCCGUGCGUGUGGCUGUUGUGUGAAUCGCGACAUUGAUGAUUCGCGGACUCUCGGGGCUGGACAUUGUACUCUUGAAUGUGGAUGUUGCGAGAGGGCUCGAGGGUUCAAGGUUUCCAACGAAGAGAAGAAAAGAUUGGAAGAGCUCUAUAAGAUCGAUAAACAAGCAGAAGACAAAGGAUCAGACUUCCAUUCGCUUAGGAUCAGCCGACUUUCCAUAUGGGGCUUGGUCGGAGAUAGUCGGAAGGACCCAUUUGAUAUGAUCGAUGCAAAGCCGAGCUAUGAGGAGAUGCCGAAAAACAACAAACGUCUGGAUCGGCUUCUAUGGAUACUUUAG